AUGAAAAGUAGAACUGUGAUUGGUUAUAUUCAGGACUGGGAACAAAGUCUGCAACUUGAAAAGUUUCAUACCAGGGGGAGAUAUCACCUGAUUAGAGAUGAUAGAGACCAAGUUCCAUGGAAGAAAAUUUUCUUCCAUAAUAAUGUUAGACCUCAGGUGAAAUUCCAUUUAUGUCUUGUGUUAAUGAGGAAAACACCCACUAAAGAUAGACUUAAUAAGUUUGGUAUUCUAACAGAUAAAGUUUAUUGUUUUUGCCAAGAGGACGAAACAAUAGACCAUCUUUAUUUUGAGUGCAGGUAUUCCAAGAGGAUAUGGGAAACAAUCUUGCAGUGGAUUGGUUAUAGAACGAACUGUGGAAAAUGGAGCAUUGAGAAGGAGUGGAUUAUGAGAGAAACAAACAAGAAAGGAUGGAGACAACUCCUUCUGAAGAAUGCUAUUGCAGAAACUGUGCAUAUGAUAUGCAGAGUGCGAAAUGAGUUCAUUUUCCAGAAGAAGCAACCAGAUGAAGAUUGUGUUAAGCAACUGCAGUACAUAAUUGUUGUAAGAUGCAACAUGGUGGAAAAGCUUAGAAACCAUAUUAGCAUAGAAACCCUCAAUAUUAAUUGA